AUGCAGCAUGCUUGCGAGAUGGUUCAGGCGUUGCUCAAGACGCAGCAGGGCAUCGCGAGGACUCCCUACAACGAGAUGUGCGUCCAGAUUCUGAGCGUCCUGCAGAAACAGGGCUACAUACGAGGCUUUACAGCAGAAGGGCAUCGGCUGAAUAUCUUGCUGAAGCACUACCACGGAGGCCCAGUGAUCCGCAACGUACGGGUAGUUUCCAAGCCUAGUCGAGACAUAUGGGUUCAUCCUUACGAGCUAAAAGCGCAUACUGCCUUCAACACAGGGCUCUGGCUUAUUCAAACACCUUAUGGCAUACUGUCACACCGGGAUUGUCUAGAGAUGGGCAUCGGCGGCAAAGUCAUAUUCGCCAUAAACAAUGGGCAUCAGCAUUGGUGCUGAAGCCGAUCUUCCAUGGCUGCCCUUUUCUCAGGGUCAGGAUCACCCGGAAGUAAGAGAGUGCGGAGACGGAAUCGACUGUUUCUGUUAUUUGUGACAACAUGAAUGAAGAUUUCGAUGUGAUGUCAUUGCGGGAAAGAGUGGUGGUCAGUGCUGAUUUAUUGAGACCAAGGCUUCACCCUGAUCGAUGCUGCCACCGUUGACGAAGAUGAAGAACUCGUCCUUAAGUAUUCAGGAGACGCGAGAAGAUGCAGAUCUUGGUUGAUGAUCGGCAGACUAGUACACGAAACGCAAACGAGACCAUCGGUUACACUUGCUCCAAAUCAGUGAACAAGCAGUAUUGAAAUUGAUUCGCUCGAAUCUAGUGAAUCUGUACUCAGUUUUUCUGUAUGGACUUCAUCAAAUUGUAUAGGAUUCUCAUAGUGGAGGCUGCCACCAUCUCCAAAGCGCAUCAAGACGUCAACGAAGGAGCAUCGUACAGCAGGAUCGUUCUAAUAAGGUCGUGGCCCAAUCUCUAUGACAU